AUGACUGAUGAUGGUUUGGAUCUAUCAAUGAGCAAAAAUUUAAAAGAUAUAUUAAGGCAUACCAAGGAGAGUAGUCCAUUAGCCUCCAAAAAUGUUACAAAAAAGAAGAGAAUUGAAGAUUAUAUUAGAAGAGAAAGAAAUGAUGAUAGACCAAGGGCAGUUGUAAGGUUUAUAGAUCUACGAGGAACUGAUUGUGACAGAAAGUACUACAGUAAAAUCAAGCGAUCCAUGGAAAAAGGGACCAAGCCAAAGUCGCGUGAAUUAUUGGAUGAGGAGGGUAAGAGAAAAGCAAGAGAACUCAUCAAAGAGAAACAAAAAUCAAAGACUCCACUUACUAUAACUGGUUUCAGAGUAGAGGUUGCCAAGCUGACAAAGAACCCAAAAAAAGUUCCAUCCAAGUCAUGGUUCUAUCAAAACUUCAAGGAAGAUCCAGACAAUAAGGAUAUUGUCCUCAGAAGUGGUAUAAUAACAAAUCAGUAA